GAUCAUUUCUUAUGAAGAGUGCCAGAGCUAGUUUUGAGUGGAAGGCCUUCAAACAAUCAAUCCAAUUUUCUGCAGAAGCAAAACUGGAAAACUGGACCUGUAAGAGGUCCAGCAGCAUUUUCGGCCCAACCACAUGGAAAUAAAUUCUGAAAUUUUACCACAAUAAUCUACAUUCAUGGUGAAUCAUUUCAUAUGAAGAAAUCGAAGGUUGAAUCUGAGUUCUUAGUGGAGAUAAAAAUGGAAGGAUAAGGGAGCAGAAAAUGACUUAAACCUAACAAAUUCCAUGAAGUGUUUAAGUAUUCAAACCUAACAUUCCAUUAAUGUUUAAGUGCUAAAACCUAACCCAUUAUGAGUUGUUUAAGGCCAAAUAGUGUUGCUUGGAAGCCUAUAUAUAGAGGCUACAACAAGUAUCAUCUCACUCAUUCAUACAUCAAAACAUCUCUAAGAUGAUCUAAGUUCUCUCUAGAGCAAACCUCUCUAAGAGCAACUCCUCUCUUUCUCCUUCUCUUAUCGGUGAUCACACUCUAAGUCCUAGUCUCCUUUGGAGCCGACUAUUAGUGCCACCAAACCCUCUGUCAAUGUACUUCGGUCCUAGUCUCCUUGAGAGCCGAUUGUAGUACCACGACCAAAAACACCACAAUUCACCAAUUUAAACACUCAUUCAUAAAUCAAAACAUCUCUAAGAUGAUCUAAGUUCUCUCUAGAGCAAACCUCUCUAAGAGCAACUCCUUUCCUUCUCUUUCUCUUAUCGGUGAUCACACUCCUAGUCCUAGUCUUCUCAGAAGCCGACUUUCAGUGCCACCAAACCCUCUGUCAACGUGCUUCGGUCCUAGUCUCCUCGGGAGCCGACGGUAGUGCCGCGACCACAACGGUUACAGAACCAGCCAAGCAAGGGUAACGCCCUAGCAACCCAGCCAAGCUAAAGUCACGCUUUAGCAAGUACCAAACCCUCUGUCAACGUGCUUCGGUCCUAGUCUCCUCGGGAGCCGACGGUAGUGCCGCGACCACAACGGUUACAGAACCAGCCAAGCAAGGGUAACGCCCUCGCAAACCAGCUAAGCUAAAGUCACGCUUUAGCAAGUUCUCCCCACUUCCCGGUGAUUUUCGCUCUGCUCGAUCUACGACGUCGAGUAUCGAUUGUGUGAACAAGAAGAAACUCAACAAAAGUCCUCACCACGAGGCAUAAAGAAUCCCGCGACGAGAUUGGUGCUCUCCUCGUCUACAAUCGCUUGAUAGAAGUCAGGUCAAGGGACACCCCCAACGACCGCACCCGAACGGUGCUGGCACGCCCGCGCAUAAAAGAGACUGUUGACCAGCUGCAACAAAAUUGGAGCCAAACAUAUUCUAUGCAAAAAAGUCCGCACGUGAUUUUGUUGCCGCUGUUCCUUUGUAUGUUAUUUAGUGCUAUCUUGAUCUACUAUUUUCAUUCAGAUUUUGUGCCAUUCCACCACUUCAUUUUGGGUUUUGUCCCCCUUUUCUCGAGCAUUCGAUUCAAUUCCAUAUUUCCUCUCAAGCUCUUCUCUAUUUGGGAUCCAUAUGCAGAGAGAGAGAGAGAGAGACCUUCAAAAAAUUUCAGGUUGAAGGGUGCUAAGAUAUGGUAUGAGGUUAGCCAAGGAUUAAAGCCGAAAGUUGUCUUCCUUUGUCCAUCGAGGUCUGCUGCUUGCUUUUCUGAGGGAAGGCAGCAUUGAACCAGCAACAUCAUCUAUGGAGUACUUCAACAAGGAGAAAACCGACGGAAGUAUGAUGACACACUUUGUGUAGACAGAACUGGAGGGAGCAACUUUUUGGACAACCUCCAUAACUGCCCAUCAUUAGGCUAACAACUUUUCAGCAUACACCUAUUUUUUGCAAGCAGAUCAAGCAGUGAUUGUAACUAAGCUAGCUUGCAACUAAAACAACCUAUUUUUUGCAAGCUAAUCCAGCAGCAACUGUAACUAUGUUAACUUUAAACUAUGAAAACCUAUUUUUUGAACACUACCACAACAUCUAUAUUAGUGGUAAUGUUAUUUGGACACAAUCAACAUCUUCUGUUAUAAAUGAUUUACCAUCAGAAUUUACUUCUCAACUACAUUCUCUAUGCUUCUAAACUUUCAGA